AUGAUAUCUGAUAGUGUAUUUGAUGAUAUUUAUAAAACUGAUAUAUAUCUUUAUAUACCAAAAAAAAAUUUUAAUACUCUUCGUCUUGUUGAUAAAAAUUUUAAAGAAGAAUUUGAAAGAUAUUUUAUUAAACAAUUUGAAAUAGAAUUUGAUUGUAAUAUUAAAUAUGAUGUUAUAUUUUUAUUAUCGUUUUUUGAAUAUUUAAAUAUAGAUAUUUAUAAUUUUAAAAAUAUUAUCGAAUUUUUAAAUAAAAAAGAAAAUAAUAUAUUAAAUUUUUGGGAAAUUAUAAUUUUAAACAGUUGUUUAAUUGAUUCAAGUGAAUUUCCUAUUGUAGAUUUUUUAGUAAAUAUAUAUUGUUUUAAAUAUAUAAAACUUUUUAAACCUAAUAGGAUAAAUUAUAUGAAAGAUUGUAUUUGUUGGCAAAAAAAUAAUGAAAAUUCUGAUUAUCUUAGAUGUCGUAAUAUUGAUUUAAUUCAUGAUAUUGAUAAAAAUUAUUGGUAUUAUUGGUGUUCAAAUUGCUUAUUUUUUGAAAUUGUUUUCAAUCAUUACAAAUAUUAUAAUAAUUAA